AUGUCCAAUCCUCAUACUGUGAUAGAUGUCGAGGCUCAGUCAGGGUACGGCUUUCCGCGCACGGUCACCAUCGACGUCCCGACCGACCAUCCGUCCCAUGCCGGAGUGGGCAUGCCGCGGACGAUGUCGCGCGCGUCGUCGAUUGCCGCCUCUAGUCGCAUCCCCGUGGAGUUUCGCACCCUGAGUUUACAAGUGCAUACCCGUGAAGAUCUCCAUGUCAAUGCCAAACAUGACAAGGAGAAAGGCGAAACAGUGAAGGACCUCGCCACACUCGACUGGCACAAGAUCUCGAUAGAGGAAGCAUUCCAGCGUCUCGCUGUCUCGCCCAAAGUCGGUCUUGAUGCGGCCCAGAUUACUCGACGGGUCGCCGCAUACGGCAAGAACGCCAUCACGCCGCCGAAGUCGAAUAUGAUCUGGAAGGUCCUCGGCUGGAUAUUUGGCGGAUUUGGCAGCCUUCUACUUGCCGCGAGCGUCGUCUGUUUUAUAGCCUGGAAACCGCUAGGAGAACCCAAUCCACAAGCGUCCAAUCUGGCGCUGGCAGUCGUGCUUCUGGUCGUGGUACUACUUCAAGCUCUAUUCAACGCUUGGCAAGACUUCAGCACCUCGCGCGUCAUGUCGUCUAUUAAGGAUAUGCUCCCGGCGGAUGUCGUCGUUCUCCGCGACGGCUCCCAGACGAGCGUCCCUGCGGCCGACCUCGUACCGGGCGAUCUGGUCCAUAUCCCUCUCGGACAGAAGGUUCCCGCCGACUUGCUCCUGGUCGAAGUCAGCAGCGACUUGAAGUUCGACCGUGCUGUCCUGACCGGUGAGAGUGAACCCGUCUCCGGCAAGCUUGACAAGACGGACGACAACUUUCUCGAGACCAAGAAUAUCGCGCUUCAGGGGACGCUUUGUGUGAGCGGUUCCGGUCUGGGCCUCGUCAUACAGACUGGCGACAAUACCGUCUUCGGUCACAUCGCAAAGCUCUCAUCAUCGACGUCCACACACCUCACCAGUCUCCAACGCGAGAUUCUCCGUUUUGUCAUCAUCAUCGCCGCUCUGGCUACUUUGGUCGCGGUUAUUGUGGUCAUAGUAUGGGCUACCUGGCUGAAGAAAGACCAUCCGGACUAUAUCAACGUCAGCGGGCUGCUCAUCGACGUCGUUUCGGUCAUGGUCGCAUUCAUCCCGGAGGGCCUUCCUAUAGCUGUCACCAUAUCGCUGGCGAAGGUUGCGCAUACGUUGAGCAGCCAUAAAGUUCUGUGCAAGUCUUUGUCCAUCGUCGAGACUCUGGGAUCAGUGAACGUCUUAUGUUCGGACAAGACCGGUACCCUCACGCAGAAUAAGAUGACGGUUAACGACGCGGCAGUCUUCGAUACUACAUUCACGCCAGCGGACCUCGACUCGACCGUGAAGGCAGCACAGGACAGCGCAGUGAAGGGCAACAUUCAGCAACUGGCCGCUGUAGCCGCCAUUUGCAAUGCAGCCAGCUUCCAAGGGAACCAGAAAGAAGGGGUGGAGCGCGUUAUAAGCGGAGACGCGACAGAUUCGGCCAUCCUUCGCUUCGCCGAUACCCUCGCGGGCGCUGACGCUACACGUGCGAGAUGGCGCUCACUCUACCGAAUGAACUUCAAUUCGCGGACGAAAUACAUGUGCAUGCUCUCCGAGCCCGCUCACGAGUCGGAUCCGACGCCUGCGCCCAUUGCAGCUUACGAUGCCUUCCGCCCUGGCGAUAUGCUCCUGACGAUCAAAGGCGCACCGGAGAUCCUCUUGCCCCUGUGCACACACGUUGUUCCCGCAAACGGAGACAGGCCGCUACCUCUUUCGGAACACACCAAACGGCGUCUUGUCAUUGUCCAAGAACGGUGGGCCUCGCAGGGCCGGCGCGUGCUUGUCCUUGCACGUCGAAUUGUUCGCUCUGAGGCCUUGUCUAAGCGCUCGCAAGGCGGGGGCUCGGAUGAUCUGGAGGAAGCGGUUCAGAAACUCAUCGGCGAUCUCACUGUUGUCGGGCUUGUAGGCCUCAUCGACCCGCUCAAGCCAGACAUUCCGGAGACUGUUAGGAUCGUCCGCGGUGCCGGUGUACGCUUCUUCGUCGUUACGGGCGAUCACCCCGCUACCGCCGUCGCUAUAGCCGCUCAGGCCGGCAUUGUUACCCAUGUCGACCACGUACAUCAUAUCGAAGAUCUUGGUGACGGCCCUCUCCCUGUGAUCAAGGAGAAGGAGAAGGACGAUCACGACUUCGACGAAGUUACUGAGGUUGAGAGCAUCGUCAUCACCGGCCCUCAACUCGAUACCCUCACCGCCGCCCAAGAAGACCGCCUCUACGCAUAUCGCGAGAUCGUCUUCGCGCGCACGACUCCGGAGCAGAAGCUUCGCAUCGUACGCGCGUUGCAAGCCCGGCAGGGCGUCGUGGCUAUGACAGGGGAUGGAGUGAACGACGCACCAUCCCUUCGUGCUGCAGACUGUGGUAUCGCUAUGGGCAACGGUUCCGAUGUUGCGCGGGAAGCGGCGGAUAUGGUGCUCCUCGAGGACUUCUCCGCUAUUGUCAUCGCGCUUGAGUACGGGCGGCUUGUGUUCGAGAACCUCAAGAAGACCAUUCUGUACCUGUUGCCGGCUGGCAGCUUCUCAGAGCUUAUGCCCAUCCUUCUGAAUGUCUUGAUCGGAGUACCACAGAUGCUGAGCAACAUACAGAUGAUCCUGAUCUGUGUUGCUACUGACGUCCUCCCUGCCCUCAGUAUGUGUUUCGAGCCUCCGGAGACUGGGCUCCUAUCUCGGCCGCCACGCGACGUGAAGAAGGAGCGCCUGGCCGAUUGGAGGUUGCUCUUGCACGCAUACGGUUUUCUCGGCAUAUUGGAGUCGCUAUGUGCAAUGUCCAUGUCCUUCUGGUUCUUGCAGCGUCGCGGCAUCCCUUUCUCGUCGUUGGCGCUUGGCUUCGGAAACUGGCCCGGCCUUACGAAUGACCUACUCUUCGAAGCGCAGAACAUCUACUUCUUCACGCUAGUCCUGAUGCAAUGGGGCAAUCUCCUUGCGACGCGUACCCGCAAGACCAGCAUUCUCCAGAUGCCUCCCUCUUGGAAGAUCAACCGUGCUGUCAUUCCGGCUGCGUUACUUGCGCUCUCUAUCGGAAUCUUCUUCUCUUAUGUUCCAGCGUUUCAUAGCGUCUUUCAGACGCACGAUAUACCCGUGGAGUACUUCUUCCUACCGAUGGCGUAUGGGCUCGGGCUACUUAUACUUGAUGAAACGCGUAAGCUAGCGAAUCGCCGGUAUCCGCAUAGUUUAGUGGCUUGGUUAGCGUGGUGA